AUGGCGCCAGGAACUAUCAGUUUCACCUUUGCAGCAUCUCUCCAAUAUACCCCCUUCUUUCCUGUCAUUGCCAUCCUCCUGGAGGUGGUGACGUUCCAGGAUGUGGCUGUGGACUUCACGAGGGAGGAGUGGCGCCUCUUGUCCCCUCCCCAGAAGGAGCUGUACAAGGAGGUGAUGCUGGAGAAUGCCCAGAACCUGCUCUCUUUGGGGCUUCCAGCUCCUCCAGAAGACAUGCUCUCUUCUUUGGAGCAGAGGGAAGCUCCAUGGAUGCUGGAGCAGGAAGGCCUGAGGAGCUGCUGCCCAGGAGAGAUCAGACCUGAAAUGAAGGCGAAUCCAACAGAGAUGAGCCCUUCUCUGGAAGAAAUAGACCUACAAAGAUUCAUGAGUGAUGAUCCCGAUAACUUUGCUUUCAGAGAAUUCUGUGUUGCACCUCAAAAUUCAUUUCAUAUUGAACAUCAAAGAAUGCACUCUGAGAAGAAAUCUAGUGAAAGUAAGAGUGGAAAGACUUUUAUGCACAGGGCCAGUCUUGCUGAGCAUCAGAGAAUGCACACUGGGGAAAAUACUUAUGAAUGUAAUCAAUGUGGAAAAACAUUCAGAAAUAACUCUAGUCUUGCUGUACAUCAGAGAAUCCACACUGGGGAUAAACCUUAUGAAUGUAAACAGUGUGGAAAGACAUUCACAUGUAACUCCAGUCUUCUUUAUCAUCAUAGAAUCCACACUGGGGAGAAGCCUUAUGAAUGCAAGGAAUGUGGAAAAACAUUCAGUUGUAGCUCCCAUCUUGCUGUACAUCAGAGAGUCCACACUGGGGAGAAACCUUAUGAAUGCAAGGAAUGUGGAAAGAUGUUCCGUCGCAGUUCAAGUCUUGCUGUACAUCAGAGAAUCCAUACUGGGGAAAGACCUUAUGAAUGCAACCAAUGUGGAAAGUCUUUCUGUCAUAGCUCCAGUCUUGCUGUACAUCAGAGAGUCCACACUGGGGAAAGACCUUAUGAAUGCAAACAGUGUGGAAAGACAUUCAGUGAGAGUUCCCGUCUUGCUGUACAUCAGAGAAUGCACACUGGGGAGAAACCUUAUAAAUGCAAUCAGUGUGGAAAGACAUUCAGCCGGAACUCCAGUCUUGCUGUACAUCAGAGAGUCCACACUGGGGAGAAACCUUAUGAAUGUAAGCAAUGUGGAAAGACAUUCAGUGUCAGCUCCCGUCUUGCUGUUCAUCAGAGAAUCCAUACUGGGGAGAAACCUCAUAAAUGCAAGCAAUGUGGAGAGACAUUCACUCAGAGAUCCAGUCUUGCUGCACAUCAGAGAAUCCACACUGGCCUGAAACCUUAUGAAUGCAAACAGUGUGGAAAGACAUACAGACAGAGCUCCUAUCUUGCUGUUCAUCAGAGAACCCACACUGGGGAGAGACCUUAUGAAUGUAAACAAUGUGGAAAGACAUUCAGUAGCAGCUCAAGUCUUGCUGUACAUCAGAGAGUCCACACUGCAGAGAAACCUUAUGAAUGCAGUCAAUGUGGAAAGGCAUUCAAUCAACGCUUCAGUCUUGCUUAUCAUCAGAGAAUUCACACUGGGGAGAAGCCUUAUGAAUGCAAACAAUGUCGAAAGACAUUCAGUCAGAGUUCCCAACUUGCUGUACAUCAGAGAGUCCACACUGGGGAGAAACCUUAUGAAUGCAAACAGUGUGGAAAGACAUACAGUCAGAGCUCCUAUCUUGCUGUUCAUCAGAGAACCCACACUGGGGAGAGACCUUAUGAAUGUAAGCAAUGUGGUAAGACAUUCAUUCGGAGCUCCCAUCUUGCUGUACAUCAGAGAGUCCACACUGCAGAGAAACUGUAUGAAUGCAGUCAAUGUGGAAAGGCAUUCAAUCAACGCAUCAGUCUUGCUUAUCAUCAGCGAAUCCACACUGGGGAGAAACCUUAUGAAUGUAAGCAGUGUAGAAAAUCAUUCACUAUUAGAUCUAGUCUUGCUGAACAUCAGAGAAUUCACACUGGUGAGAGACCUUAUGAAUGCAGUCAAUGUGGAAAGACAUUCAUUCGGAGCUCCCAUCUUGCUGUACAUCAGAGAGUUCACACUGGAGAA